CGUCCAAGCUACGGAUGUGAAGCCCCUAACGAACGUGAUGAAAUUUACAUGCAGACGCAACAGUGCACUCACCAUAGAGGCUGGAGUUGACCACCAACGGUUAAAUUAGCUGGAAAGCAAGAGGAUUAGAGUGCGGAACUUGGGAGGUUGAGCGUCUGCGUCGCCGUUCUGCCGCGUCUGCUGAGGAUCAUCUUUAUACAACUACGGCCUUCGUACUUCUGGAUUUCUUCACCACUUCUGUAUCAGUGCUUCUUCGAAGUAGUACGCUGCACUGAGUUGAAAGUCCGACGCAGAGAGGGACGCUGUGCCUGACGGUCUUGGACUGCGAGCAGUCUCUAGUGCGAGUAUCUCGGUAUCGUCGUCGGUGGGCUGCUGUUCAGUGCGCAGUGCCUGUGCUCCAGCUCCUAUAUGGAUCAACCGCUGCUGCCCGUGCCGGACGACGGCGCCGUGCUGCCCGUGCCGGAAGGCGCCCUGCUGCUCUUGCCGGAUGACGCCCUGUUGUCCAUCCUGGCCCACCUGUCGCCAAAGGAUCUCCUCAGCUGCCGCCUCGUUGCCCCCCGACUCCGGGAGCUCUGCCUGCGCCCGGAACUGUGGCGCUCUACCAUCCUCAAGUACGGAGGCCCAGACAUGGGUGUGCUAGCGGAUGCCCUCGGUGUCGUGCCCUGCCUUGGAGAAAUAGUCCCAUGUGGCCUCUCCGUGGACUUGGACGCGCUGGCCCAGCUGGCCUCUUUCGUGAGGGAGACCACGAGUGUGAUUGGAAGGCUGGUGUUUCUGGUGAACUCUCCGACCGACGCUGCGCACGCCACGACCAUCCUAGAGAAAGUGUCCAGUCUCGGAGGCCUAAAACGGCUAUGGUUGUCCGUAGGGAACACCCCUAGCGACGCCGUUACUCCGCUUUUCCAAGCUAUCUGCAGUGUGUCGAGUCUGUGUGAACUGGAACUUGUUUGCGCCAGCUCUCCGCCUGCUACGGUCUCCUGGAAUGAUCUACGAAAUCCCUCCUUGACCAGGUUCUGUUACGCGUCAAGUUCUGCACUUGUGGACUCUUUUCCUCAGGCGCUACUGACGGCCCAUGGAACCACCCUCGAAGAAGUGGAGCUCUCCGGGACGGAGGACCUUCCCGUCGCCCUCCUGAAGGCCAUGCCCAGGCUGCACUCCGUGGCCUGCAGUCCGGUGGACAGCCUGUCGCAGUUCUUGCCGGCACCCACACUGGACACGGUGUUCCUGUCCGCCCCGCGCGAGGACGCCUUUCCCCGCGGGGCCCUGGACUUGCUGCGCGAAGCGUCGCAGCUGAAAUUCGUGUCGUUCCACUUCCCGACGGAGAGUCCUGCCGCUCCACUGGAAGCGCUCGUGCGCUCGCGCUCGGCCCGCUGCCUGGAGACGCUCUGGCUGUAUUCCGCCUCCGCCUUCUUGGACCUGGUGGCCGCUGCCCUGCCGCGCUUCCCGUCCUUGCACACGCUGUACCUGGAGGACCCGCCUUCGGACUCGUUUCUGCGCGCCGUCAGCCCCGCCAGUGCGCCGCGCCUCGCCACGCUGGACGUGCCGCCUCCGGUGUCGUGCCCGCACUCGUGGCUGCACGGCCCGGCCGUCGUGGACGUCCUGCAGCGCAACCCGCGGCUGCACCUCCGCUUCGACCGCUGCCCGGGCAUCCCCGACGACUGCCCCUGCUGCUGGUGCCGGUGGGGAUGCCACGCGGAGCUGAGGCUGAGGCCGGCCAGCCUCGAUUCUCCCUUCUCCGCCCACAGGAGGAGGGCGGGCUGCCCUGCGGACUGCUUCCAGGUGGCCGUGGCGCCUUGCCCGAGCUGCGCCCGCUCCGCUGCCUAGCCAGUGCCGCUCGGCCGCCUGGCCCGUGACCCACACUGUAUCCUUGUCCAUCUGAAGUCACGAGGUCGCCCUGAUUUACGCAGCGCAUCCUCUUUGCAGUCCUCUUCGCAGUCCUCUUUGCAGUGAAAUUGCCCAGCCAUGUAGCAGCUCGAUAACUGAUUUCAUAACUCACCUGCAUAUUCGUUUAAUUUUAACUGACCUAGUUGCUGUGAAUAAAAUUUGGUUCUAAAUGUCGUCGUUGAGCCUCUGACUGGGUAGAUUUUGUGAACUAUCACAGCCAUGUAACAGCUGGAUCUCUGAUUCUAUUAACCUCCAUAGUCGCUUGCUGUUAUCUGACCUAGUUCCUGCUAAUAAAAUUUGUUUCUGAAUGUCUG